AAUCAGAAUGUAGGAAAAUCUACAGAUAUGACGGAAUCUACUGUGAAUCUACCUACCAGAAGCUCAACUGAGGACUGCCACAGCAAUGAGAGAUCUACCAGCCACAGAGAAAAUAACCAAUGCCUCAUGGAUCAUUGGAACCCAUGUCUAUGGGAAUAGCGGUUGCCCAACAAAGACCAGCCCUUGAUGCAUGUGAGCUAGCUAGAUCCGGCCUUGACAUCGCAGCAUGGAGUAAAACAAGAUUUCCUGAUGGACAGCUUCCAGAAAGAGAUGGCCUUCCCUCAUCUGAGCAUAAGUUUACAAGCCCUGAGAAAGGAGAAGUCCCGAGAUGCUGCUCGAUCCCGCCGGGGAAAGGAAAAUUUUGAGUUCUAUGAGUUGGCCAAGCUGCUGCCCCUCCCUGCAGCCAUCACCAGCCAGCUUGACAAGGCGUCCAUCAUUCGCCUUACAAUUAGCUACCUGAAAAUGAGGGACUUUGCUAAUCAGGGGGACCCCCCGUGGAACUUGAGGAUGGAAGGCCCCCCGCCCAACACGUCAGUGAAAGUUAUAGGUGCCCAACGCAGGAGAAGUCCCAGCGCUCUGGCCAUUGAAGUAUUCGAGGCGCAUUUGGGAAGUCACAUUUUGCAGUCCCUUGAUGGAUUUGUAUUUGCACUAAAUCAAGAAGGAAAGUUUUUGUACAUUUCCGAAACCGUCUCCAUCUACCUAGGCCUAUCCCAAGUCGAGCUGACGGGCAGCAGUGUCUUUGACUACGUCCACCCAGGAGACCACGUGGAGAUGGCUGAGCAGUUGGGGAUGAAACUGCCCCCUGGCCGGGGGCUCCUCUCCCAAGGCGCGGCCGAGGACGGAGCCAGCUCAGCGUCCUCCUCUUCUCAGUCAGAGACCCCGGAACCAGUGGAAUCAACAAGCCCCAGUCUACUAACCACUGACAACACCCUGGAGCGAUCCUUCUUCAUCCGAAUGAAAUCUACCUUGACCAAGCGGGGAGUGCACAUCAAAUCAUCAGGAUACAAGGUGAUUCAUAUAACUGGCAGGUUGCGUCUGCGAGUCUCGCUGUCCCAUGGCCGGACGGUCCCCAGCCAGAUCAUGGGACUGGUGGUGGUAGCCCACGCCCUGCCACCCCCCACCAUCAACGAGGUCAGGAUUGACUGUCACAUGUUUGUCACCCGUGUCAAUAUGGAUCUCAAUAUCAUUUACUGUGAAAACAGGAUCAGUGAUUACAUGGACCUGACCCCUGUAGACAUCGUUGGGAAGAGAUGCUACCACUUCAUUCAUGCUGAAGACGUCGAGGGCAUAAGACACAGUCACCUAGACUUGCUGAAUAAGGGGCAGUGUGUAACCAAGUACUACCGCUGGAUGCAGAAGAACGGAGGCUAUAUUUGGAUCCAGUCUAGUGCCACCAUAGCUAUUAAUGCCAAGAAUGCCAAUGAAAAGAAUAUCAUCUGGGUCAAUUAUCUUCUUAGCAAUCCAGAGUACAAGGACACACCCAUGGACAUCGCACAGCUCCCUCACCUGCCGGAGAAGACCUCGGAAUCCUCGGAGACCUCUGAUUCAGAGUCCGACUCAAAAGACAACUCGGAGGACAAUGGGAACUCCAAGUCGGACGAGAAGGGGAACCAGUCGGAGAACAGCGAGGAUCCCGAGCCGGACCGGAAGAAGUCGGGGCACCCGUCGGACAACGAGAUGAACUGCAAUGACGACGGCAACAGCUCGAGCAACCAGGACAGCCGGGACAGCGACGACAGCUUCGAGAACUCGGACUUUGAGCACCAGAAGGCGGCGGCGGCGGCGGCAGAGGCGGGUGGCUUCGGCCCACUGGGGGCCAUGCAGAUCAAGGUGGAGCGCUACGUGGAGAGCGAGGCGGACCUGCAGCUGCAGCCCUGCGAGUCGCUCACCUCCGACAGCGCCAAGGACUCGGACAGCGCGGCCGAGGCGGGCCCCCAGGCCUCCAGCAAGCACCAGAAGAGGAAGAAGAGGAGGAAAAAGCAGAAGGCCGGCAGCCUGGCCCGGCGCCGCCUGUCCAGCGCCUCGAGCCCCGGCGGCCUGGAUUCGGCCCUGGGGGACCCGGCCCCGCCGGCCCGGCUGCUCCCCUCGCCCGGCGGUGCCUCCUCGGGGCUGAAGAUCAAGACGGAGAUCUCGGAGCCCAUCAACUUCGACAACGACAGCAGCAUCUGGAACUACCCGCCCAAUCGCGAGAUCUCCCGGAACGAGUCGCCCUUCAGUAUGACCAAGCCCCCCGGCGCCGACCACUUCCCCUCCCCACAGGCCGGCGCCGGCUCCAGUUUACACGUGGCCAUCCCCGACUCGGUCCUCACCCCGCCCGGGGCCGACCCUACGGCCGCCGGCCGCAAGGCCCAGUUUGGCGCCCCGUCGGCCCCGGGUCCCGGGGCCUCCGACCCUCUGUCGCCCCCGCUCUCGGCCUCCCCCCGGGACAAGCACGCGGGGGCCCCCAGCGCCUCCAACUCUUUGUUGUACACUGGGGAGCUGGAGGCCCUGCAGCGGCUGCAGGCGGGCAACGUGGUGCUCCCUCUCGUCCACCGGGUCACCGGGACCCUGGCGGCCACUGGCAGCGCCGCCCAGAGGGUCUACACCACUGGCACCAUCCGCUACGCCCCUGCGGAAGUGACUCUGGCCAUGCAGGGAAACCUCCUCCCCAACGCCCACGCGGUCAACUUUGUCGACGUGAACGGCCCCAGCUUCGGGCUGGACCCCAAAACGCCCAUGGAGAUGCUCUACCACCACGUCCACCGACUCAACAUGUCGGCGGGGCCGUUCGGGGGCACGGUCAGCGGGGCCAGCCUGACCCAAAUGCCCACGGGCAACGUGUUCACGACGGCCGAGGGACUCUUCUCCACGCUCCCCUUCCCCGUGUACAGCAACGGCAUCCAUGCCGCACAGACUCUGGAGCCCAAGGAGGAUUGAGUGGCGGCGACCGCGUGGCUGUGUUCGGCGUUCCGCCCCGAGGCCUGGACGCUGUUUUCCUUUAGCCCUCUUAAU